AUGAAGCUGCAGGUGAAGCCGCUGCUCACCUGCUGCACUUUGAAGGGCGAAGCCUUUGACCUGGAGGUGGAUCCCAGCAUCACUGCUGAGGUGCUCAAGGCCAUGAUCUUCGAGCGGAAGCCGGACAUGCCGGCCGAGCUCCAGAAGGUUCUGCACAAGGGCAAGGUCUUGCAGGAUGAGCAGACCCUGGAGGACCGCGGGGUUGUCGAUGGCGAUUUCGUGGUUAUCAUGAUGACGAAGCCGAAGGACCCGGCUCCACCGCCCGCCCCUCCGGCCGCCGAGCCCGAGAGUGCCGCGGCCUCUGCGGCCUCCGCGGAUCCGGCCGCGCCGCCGGCGCCGGCGCUACCCGCUCCGGCCGCGCCGGCUGCGGCGGGGCCCGGUGCAGGGGCCGUCGAUGAGUCGCAGGUGCAGAUUCUGACGGAGAUGGGCUUUCCGGCGGAUUUGGUGCGGCAGUGCUUGCGAGCUGCUUUCGGCCAUCCGGACCGGGCUGUGGAAUACCUGACCAGUGGCAUUCCGACGCAUCUGCAGCACCUGGCAUCAGGGAGGCCGCCGCCACCGAAGGCGCCCCCAGCGCCGCCGAGCCAGCCCGGCUUCGGCGGCGCGAUGCCGCAGAUGUCCAGGCCGAUGCCAGCGCAGCCAGCCGAUACAGGGCCGCUGGCAGCGCUGGCGAACAACCCGCGCUUCAACGCGCUCAGGCAGGCGGUGCAGCAACAUCCGAGCACCUUGAACCAGGUGCUGACCCUCAUCCACAAGGGCGAUCCCAACAUGAUCAACCUGAUUGCCGAGAACCAGGAGGAGUUUGUCCGCUUGCUGGCGCAGCCCCUAUCGGCCACGGACCCCAUUUCGUGGCGUGCCUUGAUCCUCGCUGUGCUUGCGGCCGCUCUGGCCGGCCAUCUCCAGGGAUGCGCCGAGGAGACAACACCGGACGAGACCGACCCCCAUGACGGCCAUGACCAUGACGGCCCGUGCCCGCAUGGUGACUGCGACGAUGACCACGACAAUCACACGGAUGAUGAUCAUGACAACCACACCGACGAUCAUGAUCAUGACAACCACACCGAUGAUGAUAACCACACGGACAACCACACGGACUGA